AUGAUUACAGCAACGACUUGGGUGCCCCGUGGCUUUGCCGCCCAAUUCCCGCAACGUUACGACAUUGAUGAGAAAGAGUUUGAGCGGAUUGCCGACCUUGCGAGAUUACAUCUUGAGGAUGCAAAGGAGGGUUUAGAAGAGGCGGAAGCUGCUGGUAGUGAUGGACGCAAGGAGGAGGAAGAGGGGGAGAAGAAUGGAGAGUCCAAUGGUGCUGCGGCGGAGGCUGUCGACAAAGAUGAGGAUAUGAAAGAGGUUGGCGAUGAAAAACAGCGAGAGUUUGUCUCCCUCUCUCUAUACACUUCUAAUUGUCCACUGAAAAGCGGGUUUUCAGGCAUGGGUAUGUUUGGAAACAUCAAAGGUUUAGCAUACUACCAGCCUGGUGAACAAGACCCCUACAUCACUAUGGACCUACAAGACGACGAUGAAGAGCGAGAAGAGCUCCAAGUCCUGGGAACAGACAACCUCCUUCUCGUCGCUAAAACAGAAGACGACAUCGCCCAUCUAGAGGUCUACGUCUAUGAGGAUGAAGCUGACAAUUUAUACGUUCACCAUGACAUUAUGCUUCCUGCGAUCCCCCUCUGCUUAGAAUGGCUCGACAUACCCGUCGGCGGCGCUAGCGUUCUGGAGAACAAAGACGCUCGAGGAAAUUAUGCUGCCAUCGGGACUAUGGACCCAGACAUCGAGAUCUGGAACUUGGACCUCGUAGAUUGCCUCUUCCCAAACGCCAUUCUCGGAGCCAGCAGCGAGCCUUCACCCGCCUCCGUCAGCAAGAGUAAGAAGAAGAAAGGCAAGAAAAAGAAGUCUCCCAAGGUAAACGAUAACUACCACAUCGACGCAGUCCUCUCCCUUUCCGGUAACCGCCAGCACCGCAACCUCCUUGCCUCCGCGUCUGCCGACAAGACGGUGAAACUCUGGGACCUCUCCACAACUAAGUGCGCGAAGAGCUACAAUUCCCUACACACUGACAAGAUCUGCGCACUAUCCUGGCACCCUAGCUCUGCAACAACCAUCCUCAGCGGCAGUUACGACCGCACGAUCGUCUGGUCCGACAUGCGUUCCCCGGACCCCACUAGUACAAACCCGCGCUGGGGUGUGGACGCGGACGUGGAAGAUGUGCGCUGGGACCCACACAAUGACCACUACUUUUACGUAUCCACCGAGUCUGGGAAUCUCUACCUAUACGACUCCCGCAACUCUCCUCCCGCGUCCACGCUAGCGCAGUCAAAGCCAGUCUGGACAUUGAAUGCACACGACAAAUCGCUUUCCGCUUUCGACGUCAACCCUGUCAUCCCCGGGUUUAUCGUCACCGCGUCUGUAGACAGGUCCGUCAAGCUGUGGAAUGCCCGGGCGGAGAAUACGGGCGGGGGGCCGGCGAUGGUGGUUUCGAGGGAUUUCGAUCUGGGAAAGAUCUUCUCCGCUCGGUUUGCGCCGGAUAAGGAGGUGGGAUUUAGGCUUGCGGUUGCUGGGAGUAAGGGCAUUGUGAAGGUUUGGGAUACUAGCACGAAUGCCGGGGUUAGGAGGGCGUUUGCUGGGAGGGUUGCUGGGGUGGUUGGGGAAGAGAGGGAGGAGAGAGUUGUCGGCGCUGUGGAAGAUAGUAGUGACGGGAGUGAUGAGGAGGAGGAUGGUGGUGUUACGGUGGGGGGUGGGGAUGGUGAGGGCCCUGAUGGGUGGGAGAGUAUGGAAGAGGAGUAG